AGAGCAUUUCUGCAGCCCUGGGACUGCUGGCAUCUGUUCCCCUGCAGGCGUGGUGCUGCCAGCCUGUCCCGAAAGCAGUGAGCGAUGAUGGAUGCUUGCUGGAGCCCGAACGCAAGUCCCAGCACUUUAUUUGCGCUGUAUUUCUCUGCUCAGUUGUGUGCUUUGAUGCUUUCUGUACUUGUGUUUUCUGUGCUUGUGUACAAAUGUGCCCAGAAAGUUGAGUGCUGUGUGCUUCAGUAGGAAUCUAAGGUAUUUCCUCUUGAAAAUUCACAGGGAUUUUUUUUUAAUUUAUUUUUUUGGCGUUAUCAAGAGUACUCAUUUCAUUGAGGGAAAAAGUAAGUCUUUUAAAAAACAAGUGCACGGCUUCUCCCAUGCAGACAAGUAGAGGUCCCCCCCACUCCCUCGCACUGUCUGUGUGACUCUUGUGUAACAUCAUGAUAUUCUUGUAGAAUUUACGUUGUAUUAAAACGCGGUAUGAAGCCUACCAUGACCUUUGAAAACAAUACAUCCUUUAAUGUGGCUUUGGGGAGGGGUUAGUGAGAGAGUAGCCAUAAAAAUCUUCAGGGUUCAAGAUGAGGUUGAGAUUUUUGUGAGUGCUUUUGUCGUGGCAGCAACUGUUUGAUUUAGUGGCCCCUGCGACAAUAGGUGGUGAGAACAAAGCCGGAAUAUCCCGCGUAUGAGCCGUUAUGUGUGAGACCCAUCAGGAGAGCUGAAAGGAAGGAUGUUUCCAGAUGAACCACAUGCAAGCCAUUUGGAAUAACUCGUUAUCGGCGGCUUUGGUUCUUAAUGACCGGGUUGAUCAGCGAACCUGCCUGAUCUGCGGGGACAGAGCUACGGGUCUGCACUAUGGCAUCAUCUCCUGUGAGGGCUGCAAGGGGUUUUUCAAAAGGAGCAUUUGCAACAAGCGGGUUUACAGAUGCAGCCGAGACAAGAACUGUGUCAUGUCACGCAAGCAGCGCAACAGAUGCCAGUACUGCCGGCUGCUCAAAUGCCUCCAGAUGGGGAUGAACCGGAAAGCAAUCAGAGAGGAUGGCAUGCCAGGAGGAAGAAACAAGAGUAUUGGACCUGUCCAGAUAUCGGAGGAGGAGAUUGAAAGAAUUAUGUCUGGACAAGAAUUUGAGGGAGAGGCAAACAUGUCAUGGAGCAACAAUGGAGACAGCGACCACAGUUCCCCUGGAAAUGGAGUUUCUGAGAGCAACCAGCCUUCACCUGUGUCUACUCCAUCUUCAAGUAGGUCCGUGGAGCUGAACGGAUUCGCUGCACUCAGGGAUCAGUAUAUUGGGACGCCAGUGUCCACGCACUAUCAGUACCUCCCGCACCUUUUUAGCUAUUCUGCCCACUCGGCGCUGGUGCCCCCCCAGACGCGCAGCCUGGACCCCCAGUCGCACAGCCUGAUCAACCAGCUGGUGUCAGCGGAGGACCUGGAGCCGCUCGGCACACCGAUGCUCAUUGAAGACGGGUAUAAAGUGACUCAGGCAGAGCUGUUUGCAUUGUUGUGUCGUCUGGCGGAUGAAUUGCUUUUCAGGCAGAUUGCUUGGAUCAAGAAGCUGCCAUUCUUCUGUGAACUCUCAAUCAAGGACUAUACCUGCCUGCUCAGCUCCACCUGGCAGGAGCUGAUCCUGCUUUCCUCGCUGACUGUUUACAGCAAACAGAUCUUUGGUGACCUCGCAGAUGUCACCUCCAAGUACUCGCCCUCUGACGAUGAGCUGCACAGAUUCAGCGAAGAGGGAAUGGAGGUGAUGGAGCGGUUGAUCUACCUCUUUCGCAAAUUCAACCAGUUGAAGGUCAGCAACGAGGAGUAUGCAUGCAUGAAAGCCAUUAACUUCCUAAAUCAAGACAUUAGGGGUUUAACCAAUGCAUCCCAACUGGAGCAGCUGAAUAAGCGGUACUGGUACGUUUGCCAGGACUUCACAGAGUACAAAUAUCCACACCAGCCAAACCGUUUUCCAGAUUUAAUGAUGUGUUUGCCAGAGAUACGAUAUAUUGCAGGAAAGAUGGUGAAUGUCCCACUGGAGCAGCUGCCUCUCCUUUUUAAGGCCGUUCUGCAUUCCUGCAAGACAAGCGUGAGCAAAGAGUGAGCCCAGCUUGGCCCCGGCCCGUGCCUUACUGUGUGCCUCAGGCAGGGAGCGGGCUCACCUCCAGAGGAUGGGGGAAACACCAUCAAGGCAGGAGGGAAGUGCUGAGACAGGGCAACGGGUGUCCCUGCCAUUGUAGCAAGAAUCUUUUGUUUGGGUUGUUUUGUUUGUUUGUUUUGUUUUUUACUCUUUUUCCUUAUAUAUUUAUUUCACGACAGAGUUGAAUGUAUGAUCUUCAACACGAUGCACAUGGUUCUGUAUGAAUGCAGCAGAUGCAUUCUCCAGCAGUUUACAGAAUGUGAAGAUGUUUAAAGUUGCAGUGUUUGUUAGGGUUAGUUCUUUUGUAUUUUGGGGCUGGGGACUGAGAUGACUAAGACUACCUCAAGGAAAGAUGCUGUUCGCACACUGCUCUUUUCAUGAUUUGUAUCCAGAAGUGUUUGUCAUAGAAUGCAAACUGCCUCAUUGACAGAGCUGUCAAUAUUCCAGAUGGACAAUUUUGGAAAAGGGGGUGUUAGAGAAGUGCCAAGCUUUUUUUUGUUUGUUUAAAAACUAAAAAAAAAUUAAAAAAAAAAAAAAAAAAAAAAAAA